CUGAAGAGGCUGAGAAUGGAUGGGCAAGGAGAAACCGUGCGAGCGAGAGAGAAGGAGUGAGCGUGUGUACGCUCAGAGUCAAGCUGCGAAGACACAGAAAGUCUACAAGCUCACAUCAACAAGAGAGCGUGCGAGGCAGAGCUGACCACCAGCAACUCUGAAGAGUGACACUGAGAGGAAAGAGACACAAAGAAAAAGCAUCAGCAGAAGAAGAGAAGGACUGAAGACAGACUGCCAGCCUUCCACUGGUAAAAGGAAACACCACUAAGGGACUGUAGCAUCCGUCCCCCCCAGCAGCACAGAGGAGCACUGUCUCAUCUCGUGCAUGUGUUUGUGCCUGCCAACUUCAAUUUCACACUCGCCCACUGUUUUUCGUAGGUUUUGCCCUCUCCACUCCCCAGUCAUGAUCCCCUGGGUCCUUCUGCUUCUGUGGAUCUCCGGACAUGGGGCGGAGGCCAUGUUUUCCCAGCAGCCACAGGACCUGGUGGUGGUGGCAGGCCAGCCUGUGACGUUACCAUGCACUAUCCCCGGUUACCAUGGUGUUGUCCUGUGGAUCAAAGAUGGCUUGGCGCUGGGAGUUGGCAGAGACCUCUCUGGCUAUCCUCGUUACACAGUGAUUGGCGACCACGGUUCAGGAGAGCAUCAUUUGCGAAUCCAGCGUGUCGAGCUGAUGGAUGACGCUGUGUUUGAGUGCCAGGCUGUCCAGGCUGCCAUGAGGUCCCGUCCUGCCCGUCUCACUGUGCUGGUUCCCCCAGAGGACCCUGUCAUAAGUGGAGGGCCAGUGGUGAGCCUAAGGGCUGGCGACCCACUCAAUCUGACUUGCCAUGCUGACAACGCCAAGCCAGCAGCCUCAAUAAUCUGGAUCCGCAAUGGGGAGGUCCUUAACGGGGCCAUGUACUCCAAGACCCUGCUCCGGGAUGGCAGGAGAGAAAGCACUGUAAGCACACUUUACCUAUCGCCUUCUAACAUCGAGACAGGUCAGCAGAUCAUCUGUAAGGCCUCCAACAAGGCAGUCCCCAACGGCAAGGAGACCAGUGUCACCAUUGACAUCCAGCAUCUCCCCCAUGUCAAUCUCUCAGUGGAGCCUCAGCCUGUUCUGGAAGGAAACCUUGUGAAAUUCCACUGCUCUGCAAAGGCCAAUCCUCCUGUCACACUCUACAGGUGGGCCAAAGGAGGAAGUAUAAUCAAGGAGGUCUCUGGAGACACAUAUGAGGUUAUUGUGGACCACUCCUUCUUUACAGAACCUGUUUCCUGCGAGGUUACCAACCCUCUUGGCAGCACCAACAUUAGCCGUAAUGUUGAUGUCUACUUUGGUCCUCGCAUGGCAGCGGAGCCUCAGUCCUUGCAGGUGGACCUUGGAUCUGACGCUGUGUUCAAUUGUGCCUGGACAGGAAAUCCCUCUCUUACCAUAGUGUGGAUGAAGAGGGGAUCUGGAGUGGUUCUUAGCAACGAGAACCUCCUGACACUGAAAUCCGUGAGACAGGAGGAUGCUGGGAAAUAUGUUUGCCGUGCUGUGGUCCCGCGUGUAGGAGCAGGGGAGAAGGAGGUUUCUCUCACUGUCAAUGGGCCACCUACUAUCUCCAGUACACAGACACAGCAGGCUUUACAUGGAGAAAAAGGACAAAUCAAAUGUUUCAUUCGAAGUACACCUCCUCCAGACCGCAUUGCCUGGUCAUGGAAGGAAACUGUGUUGGAGUCUGGAACAUCCGGCCGCUAUACCGUGGAGACCGUCACCACAGAAGAAGGAGUCAUCUCCACACUGACCAUGAGUAACAUUGUCCCGGCUGACUUCCAGACCAUCUACAACUGCACUGCUUGGAACAGCUUUGGAUCUGACACUGAGAUCAUACGCCUUAAGGAACAAGAAUCUCUCCCAGUGGCAGUGAUCAUCGGCAUUGCUGUUGGAGCUUUUGUGGCCCUGAUUGUCCUCAUGGGCACCAUCGGAGCAUUCUGUUGCACCCGCUCCCAGAGAAAGGAAGCGCACCUGGUUAUGCCCUCACUGCCCGUCUCCAUCUGUGCUCACCAGAGAGAACUUGCAAGCAAAAUUAAGACAGAAAAUCUGAAAGGUGUCGUGUCUGCGAAAAAUGACAUCCGAGUGGAGAUUGUACACAAAGACCACAAUGCAGCACGAGAAAAUGAAGAACACACCUCCAUGAAACAACUGAUGGUUGAACGAGGAGAGUUCCAGCAGGAAUCUGUCCUGAAGCAGCUGGAGGUAUUACGAGAAGAGAAGGAGUAUCAGCACAUUAAGGACCCUACAAAUGGCUACUAUAGUGUCAAUACCUUUAAGGAGCACCACACCCCUACCAUGGCUGGGAAUCAGUCCACUGAGGUGAGGAACCCCACCAACACAGGUACCCUGGGCAAGCAGCGGGUACCAACGGGAAUGUCCUUCACCAACAUCUACUCCACUCUGGGAGCAGGUCCCAACCGUCUGUACGACUACAGCCAACGCUUCGUGCUGGGCAUGGGCAGCAGCUCCAUCGAGCUGUGCGAGCGGGAGUUCCAGCGUGGCUCACUCAGCGACUCCAGCUCUUUCAUCGACACGCAGUGUGACAGCAGCGUCAGCAGCUACAGUAAGCCGGACGGCUACGUGCAGUUCGACAAAGACAGCAAGGCAUCAGCCUCCUCCUCCUCCCACUAUUCCCAGUCCUCCUCGCAGAACUCAGACCUCACCAGGCCGCUCCAGAAGCGCAUGCAGACCCACGUCUGACCAUCAGGGAGGGAGGGUGUUUUAACAGGGUUGAACAAGCAGCCAGGAUUGUAAAACUGUCACAGGAUGAGCACCCUGGAGCCACUAAUGUAACAAAGUUACUGUUUCCACUGGACGCCUGGAGAUGCAGGGGAUGGUUGGCUUUAACACACUGUGUGACUUGUUCUGACCUCUCAAUGUCCCAAAAAGUGGAUCAAGAAUGCUUAUAUUUCCCUCAUGCUUAACCCAUCAACCACCUGCUUUUUAACCCAUAAUCAGAAUUAUGCCACAGAGAGGUUAUUUACCAACACAGAGACAACACAAGUUGGUUACUGCUGUGCAAUGGCUAGCAGAGGGCAGGAAUACCACCUUUGUGUGACAAUUUUUCCUUUUGAAGAUUGUCAUUCAUAAAAACUCAGCACGAACGGCACGAUAAUGAGUGUGAGCCAGUGUCCUUCUGCUCUCUUGUAGUUUGAAGCACAAAAAUGAAUGUGCAUGUGGUUUUUAGUUGUUAAAGAGAUAACUAUUCCCUCCCCCCAUCUUCCCUUCAAACACUGUAUGUUAAGCUUUCUUGUUGAAACUGGUCUCCUGUGUAGGUGGAAGAAAACUUUCUCCAUGUGCCCACAGACGUUUCGAACAUUUAAAAGAACGGCUGUUUUUCUCUCAGCAGCAGUAUCUGGGCCACAGAGCUGGGCAGAUAAAGAGGGGCUGAGAUCUUAUUUUAAUUCCCUGAGUCAUUAUUUUUCUGUGACACUCUGCGAUAAAGAAUAUCAGUGUACAUAUGUGACCGUAAUUUCUUUUCUAUCAUCUAAUUUCUGACUCUGUUUUUCCUCAUGGAGGACUUUAAAUGAGCCAUGAGCGCCUCUUCUUGUCCAUAUCUACUUUGCCUUGAGGGUCUGUUUGAACUGUGUCAAUACAAACUUUGACUAAGAGAACUAGACAUAAACUGUCAGCUCUUUUGUUGAUGGGAAGCUGGGUUCUUCAUGGUGUUACCACGCCUAAUCCAGCUCCAAGGCAUACAGCAAGAAAGCCCACAAACUGCAACAUGUUUUGUACUUGUGAGUUUCUCCUGCUAAUGCAGAUGAUCAGCCAUAUACUUGAGGGUAUCUGUUCAUGAAAUGUAAACAUUAUAUUUUAGCUGAGCUUACUGUGUGGUUACCCCACUGCUACUGUCAAUACUAUUGUUGACACUGGAGAUUAGUGCAUCCUGACUGCCUACCUACCUGUGAUUAUGCUGAUCAUCAAGAGACGUGAAAAGCAAAUCUAGAAAACGUGUUUUAUUUUGCUGUCUGGUAUUCUUUUUUUGCUACUGUGGAGCUGAUGUGGACACACUGACUCUUUUCAAGUGCGUUGUUUAAUUUUUUUCUGUCCUGCACUGUAUGUGACAUAUGAAAUUGGAUUUAUUAUUUAAUCACUGACACUGUAAUUGUUUUAAUUGAGAGUAGAGACAGAGAGUAGUGAUUUAACUUGCAGCUACACAAACACUCAUACUACCUUAAAUUUGAAAGUCAGCCUUUUGUCAAGAGUGUUGUAGUCAUGCACUGUACAUGUUUUGUGGCAGAACACAAAGACUGGGCAAAACUGGGAAUCUUAAUGCAGAUUUGUGUAUAGUACAGAUACUGUAUGUCAAGUUAGAUUUGGACCUCUAAGUAAGAUACAAAGCCAACAAAGUUUGUUUGUUGUCUCCUUAAUGCAGGCUUUUAUUGACAAGGGCAGCCCUUUACAGUAAACAUAGAUCCUUUCUGUAACAGCUACAGUCGUGUUAUACAUUAUAUCACAUUUAAUUUUAGCCUGUUUGCUUUCAAGGUCUGUUCUAGCCGUAUUUUAUAGAAUCAUCUUGAUUGUUAUUUGAUCAAUUCUUUGAAGGGUAAAGAGGAGUGCCUGGAAAAUAACAACAAGUUGUUGUAAAACUGUAGUAGUGAAAUCAGUGGCUCACAGUGUCUGUGUCAUUUCUGUUGUGUUGAUUCAAACAACAAAUGUGACAGAAAGUUUACUAGGUUACAAUAAAUCUUAUCUAAUUAGGUUGUGUCUUUAAAAUGUUCCAUAUUGCAGCAGUCAGUUGGGAUGAAGUGAGCCUCAAACUGUGAAAUCUCCUUCACAACCCAUGAAAAACCAAGCAAGGCAUUUCCUACAAAAGCGAGUUGUUGUUGUAAGCACUUUACAUUUGAUUAUAUUCAAAGCAUUUGAAUGGGGUUUUACACUUGAGUGGCAGUGGUUUGGACUCUAAUUUUACAAAUGGAUUGGCGCCUAUUGUACAGUUUAAGACAAAAAGCUCUGUUUCAGAGCUGAUAAUCCAGCUUGGCACUUAGCAGACUGUAUAUAAAUCUCUAAUGCUGUCUCUCUGUGUAUAUAAUUUUUCCUGGCUCUUCUUUCUUUCUCAGUCAGAUUUUACUAUAUUAGAGCUCAACAAAUCCACGUGGCAUCAAAACAGUAUGAAAGACAAUCAUUUUCUCUUUGUUUCCGUUCCAAAAAUUUCAUCAGCCUUACUUGUUUCUCACAAAUUACAUGAAAGGCUUGUGUGUGCAGUUUUUCUUCCCCCCGAUCUCACGGGGGAACUCUCACUCUGUACACCAAGCACACAGGAGGCUAUAGGAUGAGAAGCUGAGCUUAGCUGGGACAGCUUUGAAGUGAGAUGCAGUAAGAGGUUAUUAUACCUUGAGCCCUUCUGAGAGAUGCACAGAUGCCCAGCAAUAUAUUGCAUUUGGCACCAUGAUGACUGUCAAGUAUGCCUGUGCCAUUUAUUAUUUAUUUUUAUCAACAUUUAUGAGUACAGGAUGAAAUUCUUUCCUGGACAUCGGCAGCAGUCAAUUACAGCGUGAUCUCGUUUGCAUGGGACACAGUUUUCACUUCUAUUAUUAUUUGCAUAUAUUAUGCAUCAUUGUACAUUCACAGCUUCAGAAUUGUUCAUCAUUCAAAUCAUAAUGGAGACAUUCAGCAGUCUCCCUACAAACAUAACAAAUUUGCUUUCCUGUCCAAAAGGUCAGAUUUGACUUAUCUGAUGCAGCUUCCACACUGAUCCAAACAUAAUGCAUUUUCCCAGUCCAGAGAAUCUGCACACUGCACUGCAAACAGAUAAAUAUUUGAUAGGCCAGCCUUCUGUCCAUCCCCCCAUGGCAGCAGCUACAGUGGGCAUGAGAGUACCACAGGAUGCGAGUGCCAUGUCUGUCUCUGGGAAUCAAAGCCCAUGUGGGGACAAAGUCUGCCCUGCUCACCUGCGUACGCCUCUCCGGCUGGUGCUGGCGGCGCCUGUUUGCCUGGCUACAAGCACUGCACAGAUGCCAGGGCAUAACAGAUGAAUAAACACAAAGACCCAGAACAAUUACAAGGGGUUGCGGCCCUUUCCCUAAUAAAACAAAGCAUCCCUUUCAGAGUGGAAGGAUGCAGAGUAGGACAGUGGACAUUUGUAAAAGUGAGAGACAGAGGUUAUGAGCAGUGUGAAGUGAAGACUGAAUGGUAGGCAUUUGUAAUGGAUUCUAUGUUAAAUUUGUUUAAUGCACAUAAUGAAUUUCUUGGUCUGAAUAAACUAGAUAAGAAAAUUAAUAAAGAAGUGCUGAUCAUUAGUACUGCAAUGCAAGUACAAUAUCUUGCCUAUGCCUGCAAAGGUUGGUGUUCAUGAGGCUAUUUGAAGUCUCCUUGUGACUGGUAUUACUUUCCAUGAUGGAACACAUUAGAGCAGGUGCCAUUUGCAACAUUGAUCACAAUAACCCUUUCUUUACUGUGUAAAUGCUUUCUAUCACUUUGUUUCUCUCUCACUUCUUUUUCUUUUCUACCAAUCAAUACCUUGUCAGUACUUUAAUAACCUACAACUGUAAGGUAAAAGGCCUGGACUAAAUAGUAUUUGCAAAUAAUCCUCAGAGUUUGCUUUAGCCUGCAGGGCACGCCAAGAAUCAGUGUGGUUUGGUUUGCAGCAAGGAAUGUGCGAUAAGCCUCAGAAAAUUGAAAGAGUUGCAAAAAAGCAUUUGAAAGCCAAAUGGGUAUGCUUCUCUGUGAUUGGUUGGAUUGUACUGAACACCAAAUAACGCAAACUAGUUUGCAAAUACUACAUGACCCAGCUCUUUAAAAGUACUUAAAUUAGAUGGUCAUUGGUCAAGAGUUUGUAUAAACAGUGAACCAUAAGCAUAAUUGUAAUGAAAAGACAACAUGUACAUUCUACUGGUUAAACCACUAUUUUCAGGCAGUGGCUCUCUGUAUCUAAGAAAAAAAAGAAAAAUGGUUGUAUUUUACCUGUACUGGUCUGUGAAUCUAUGAUGAUUUUGCUCUGUAUAUUUGGAGAAUAAAAAUGAUGUUUGAGUUUGUG